GACAAGUUGCAGAGCAGACAAGAGGGAGGCGGUGACUACUGAAUGCUGAUCACAGUGAUUAGCUGAAGUGAUUGUUAGCUCAAAGCUGUAAAACUAGAACUAAAUUGGGAUUUAUCCGCACCCGCACUUUUCUAUUUGGGUGCCAACACGACGUUUAUAUUGUCAAGUUUAUCCAGCGUUAUUAAGACGGAGCCGUGUGGUUCAUUUGUGGACAAUGAGGAAGGUUGCUUUGCUGCUUAUUGUGUUGCUCGGCGUUGCACACUUUGCGAAUGUGAUAAAAUGUGAAGAUGAAGAAAUCGAGAAUGUUGAGGAAGAGGAUGAUGAUGACGACAUGGAGGACGAUGACGACACGGAAGAUGACGACACGGAAGUCAAGGAGGAGAAUGGAGUGAUGGUCCUCACGGAUGCUAACUUUGACACCUUCAUGGAGGGCAAGGACACAGUGCUUGUUGAGUUUUAUGCUCCAUGGUGUGGCCACUGUAAACAGUUUGCUCCAGAGUAUGAAAAGAUUGCGCAGACCCUGAUGGAAAACGAUCCUCCUAUACCGGUGGCUAAAGUAGACGCCACCGCCGCAAAAGACGUAGCCGGGAGAUUUGAUGUGUCUGGCUAUCCCACGAUUAAGAUCUUAAAAAAAGGCGAACCGGUGGACUACGAUGGAGACAGAACGGAGAAAGCCAUUGUGGCUCGUGUCAAAGAGGUCUCUGAGCCUGACUGGAAGCCCCCUCCUGAGGCCACGCUGGUGCUCACCAAGGACAACUUUGAUGAGACGGUCAACAAUGCAGACAUCAUCCUGGUGGAGUUCUACGCUCCAUGGUGUGGUCACUGUAAGCGUUUGGCUCCGGAAUACGAGAAAGCGGCCCAGGAGCUAAGCCAACGCUCUCCUCCCAUCCCUCUCGCCAAGGUGGACGCCACGGUGGAAAACGACAUCGCCUCCCGUUUUGACGUCUCCGGCUACCCAACCCUGAAGAUCUUCAGAAAGGGGAAAAUGUUUGACUACAACGGGCCCAGAGAAAAAUUUGGGAUUGUGGAUUACAUGAGCGAACAGGCGGGACCUCCGUCCAAGCAGAUCCAAGCUAUCAAGCAAGUGCAGGAGCUCCUCAAGGACGGCGAUGAUGCAGUCAUCGUCGGCAUCUUCUCCAGUGAAGAUGCGGCCUAUGAGACCUACAUUGAGGCUUGUAACUCGCUCAGGGAGGACUUCACCUUCCGUCACACCUUCAGCUCUGAGGUGGCCAAGCUGCUCAAAGCCUCGCCCGGCCAGGUUGUCAUCAGUCAGCCUGAAAAGUUCCGCUCCAAAUAUGAGCCAGCAUCACAUACUCUUAAAAUGAAGGACUCCACAUCCAUGUCAGAUGUGCAGGAUUUCUUCAAAAAGCACGUCAUCCCUCUAGUAGGCCACAGGAAGCCCAGCAACGACGCCAAACGCUACACUCAGAGACCACUGGUGGUCGUGUACUACGGCGUUGAUUUUAGCUUCGACUACAGGAAAGCCACACAGUUCUGGAGGUCCAAGGUACUGGAAGUAGCCCAGGACUUCCCGGAGUACACGUUCGCAAUCGCCGAUGAGGAAGAUUACGCCGAGGAGCUAAAGGGUCUGGGCCUGAGCGAAAGCGGCGAGGAAGUCAAUGUGGGGAUUCUGGCGGAAGGCGGUAAAAAGUUUGCCAUGGAGCCAGAGGAAGUUGACGCCGACGUGCUGAGGGACUUUGUCACGGCUUUCAAGAAGGGAAAGCUGAAACCCAUCAUCAAGUCCCAACCAGUGCCAAAGAACAACAAAGGACCAGUGAAGGUCGUGGUGGGAAAAACCUUUGAAGAGAUUGUCAUGGAUAACGAGAAAGACGUCCUCAUCGAGUUUUACGCUCCUUGGUGCGGACACUGUAAAAAACUAGAGCCUGAUUACUUGUCUCUGGGCAAGAAGUACAAGGCGGAAAAGAACCUGGUCAUCGCUAAGAUGGAUGCCACCACCAACGACGUGCCCGACGACUACAAAGUGGAAGGAUUCCCCACGAUAUACUUUGCUCCGAGCAACGACAAACACAACCCGGUUAAAUUCGAAGGCGGUGACAGGACGGUCGACGCUUUGAGUAAGUUUUUGGAAGAGCACGCCACAAAAUUAUCACACACAAGAGAUGAACUUUGAAAAAAAAAAAAACAUGGAGGAGGAAAAAAAAAAAGAUCUCGACCUGCACUUGAGAACUUUAAGAGGUCGGGAAGCGUCUGAGAAGUGGGUGAAGGGAAGCAAUCAGUUAAAUGUUACUGACGAUUACAGAGUUCCAUAAUUUUUAGUUUGUAUUCAUUCCGUGAAGAGAUUUCCUACUUUGUGCUUGCAAAAAAAAAAAGCAUGUGAGCUUUGAGGGUUUUUAAAUAAAAGAAAAUGACUGAAAA